AUGGCAUCAGAGCUCGACGCCAUAGAACCGGUGCCAGUAGCGCCAGGAGAUCAUAAAGGUUAUCUACAAUACGCCCUCUCGCUAGCAGAAAAGUCGCCACCAAAGCCUUCCAACUAUCGCGUAGGGGCGGUGCUCGUCAAUCCUACCAACAACACCGUCGUCUCGACGGGCUACACCUUGGAGCUACCCGGUAACACGCAUGCCGAGCAAUGCUGCUUUAUGAAGCUGGCAGAUCAGCACGAAGUUGCUGAGGAUGAGUUGGGUUCCACGAUAAACACGCCUCUUGUUUUGUACACCACCAUGGAGCCAUGUUCAACAAGGUUGAGCGGGAAUUUGCCUUGCACCCAGCGGAUUCUCCGACUCCGGUCCAUCAUCAAGACGGUCUAUGUUGGCGUCCAGGAACCGGAGAAGUUUGUCAAGGACAAUACAGGGCGGACGGCUCUUGAAAGGGCGGGUAUUGAUUUUGUCCACGUCAAGGGACUGGAGGGCGACAUUCUCAAAGUUGCUACAGCAGGCCAUGUAAAGGCACCAGCCUAA